AUGCCGGUGCGCAUACGACUCGCGAGAUUCGGCACGAAGAAUCGCCCGCACUACCGCCUGCACGUGUGCGACUCCCGGGCGCCGAGAGAUGGAAAACAUUUGGAGAUUGUCGGUCACUACGACCCGAUCGCGCAAAAGGAUGGACACAAACACGUCGGUUUACGCAUCGAUCGCAUAAAGUACUGGUUAUCGUGCGGGGCGCAACCGAGCGAGACGGUGGCGAGGCUGUUGGGACAGGCGGGAAUCUUACCCGCGCUGCCGAGGCGGGGUGGGGGGAAGGCGACGGCGGAGAGAGGGUUCGCGGCGAGCGGGACGUAG